CGCGUAAUUCCUGAACUCAACUCGAACUUGUAUCAUUACAAUAAGGACAAAACACGUUCUCUCUAGAUACACGUCGCACUCCCAAGGCGAUUAUUUACCUGCGUUUUCUCGUCGCUACUUUGACAUAAAAUCACCCCAAGGCAACGACACAACCAUGGCAACAGCGCGGACCAUCCACACCACCCGCGCUUUCUUCAGCACGAAUCCUAUUCUGCGUGCACCACCGCGACAAACAAUAUUCAGUCAGCUAAGAAAUGGAGGGGCUAGCAAAUCAUGGCAAUGGCAGCGGCAACAGUCAAGGACGUAUGCCAACGGCUUCCGUAGAGGAGGCGGCUACCAGUAUAAUCGAUUCCAGCAAGUGGGUGGACUGAUGAAGCGAUGGACAGACAGACGCACAUUCUACUACGAAGUCGGUGGUUUGUCUGGCCUAUGUGGUGCCUUUUACAUCUACAACUUGGAAGUUGUACCCGUUUCUGGCCGCAGACGCUUCAACAUCAUCUCUGCGGCUUCUGAGCAACAAUCUGGAGAAGAAUUGUACCAGCAGGUCAUGUCUGAAUAUCAAGAUCGAAUCCUACCUCCGUCACAUCCUCAACACAAACUCGUACAGCGCGUUUUGAAUCGUCUGAUUCCUCACUCUGGGCUCCCUACAGAAACCAACAAUUGGGAAGUCCAUGUCAUCAAGGACGAGCAAAAGAACGCCUUCGUCAUUCCAGGCGGCAAGGUAUUCGUCUUCUCGGGCAUACUUGAUGUGUGCCAAGGCGAGCAGGGACUGGCAGCAGUGUUGGGGCAUGAGAUUGCACACAAUGUGGCUCAUCAUUCCGCCGAGCGCAUGAGCUCUUACUUCAUAUUCCUACCUGUCGCGAUUGUCGCAUCUCUGUGGCUGGGCCUGGGCGACGUUGGGAAUGUUUUCACUAGAAUGGUCGUGGACUUGGUCUUCCUCCGGCCCGGGUCCAGGAAGCAGGAGUCCGAAGCAGAUUAUAUCGGGUUGAUGAUGAUGUCACAAGCUUGUUACGAUCCAUCAGCGGCAGUGGGACUUUGGUCUCGUAUGCACGAUGCAGAGGAAGGAGCGCCCCCGCAGUUCCUCUCGACCCAUCCCUCAAGUCACAACCGUAUGGAGAAAAUUCAGUCGUGGUUGGGCGACGCUGAGAUGAAGCGGGAGCAAAGCGGCUGUGGUCAAAUCGCAGAUCAUGCUAACCAGUUCCGCGACACAUUCGGGUUCCGCUGGUGAUAAACCCCCAGGCAUAAAUCCGUACAUCAGUGCUGUCUGCUUCUCGAAGCAACUAUCGUUGGCAACUUGUGAUAAAGUAAGCCGGACCAUCGAAGCAGAGCUAUCUCUCACCCUCCUCCGCACACGCAGACACUCGUGCGAUACACAUCCGUUCUCGGUCAGUUGAUCUGUCACUGCCACCAAAGACCCGUAGGACACGAUGGAUGAAUCACCUACCCAGCUCAUCCAUAUCAAAAUAAUAAAUGAACCAAGUUGAACCAGACCAUGAUUUUAGGCCUGACUAACAGAUGACUUGAUGGAUGACAUGUUUGUUUCAAGCAAACCCAGCCCCGCUGAUUACCUUCUACAAUGCAGGUCAUUCAACCUGUGAGCAUGAGAAGUGUAGGCACAUUUUCAAAUCACGAGUUGAUCCAUCAACGCAGAUGGCUCCAG